AUGUCUGUCUUAAUGAGCGCUCAAAAAGAAUCGAAAUCGUAUGAAGCUAUUCAACAAGGUAUUCUAAUCUCGUUGUUGGUGGCUAAUGGAGUCUCAAUUGAACUGAAUUGUCCAAGUCGAUUUGCAUCUAAAACAAUGCAACUCUUUGUUAUUCGAGAUGUGUAUAUCAAUAAUAUAUCUAUUGACUUUGGAAGGAGAGUGGAAGAAGAAUGCCAAAAACAGUACGAACUGGACUCUCGUGAAAUGGGUGUCAAAAGCAUUGGAAAAUCACAAGACAAACUUGUCAAGAAUUUGAAGCGACGAAGAGAUCUGAACAAAGCGGCUCUUUCAUUUAAUAGCAUCUUUAAUUUAGUACAAAACUAUGGAUAUACCUUCGACUUAAAACAAGUCAAAGGUUCGAAGAAAACACUUCAAAUGAUUAAAAUUAAAAAUAUCAACUUUAAUGGUAUGGUGUGGAUGAAUGAAGACGAAAUAAUACGUCGAGGUACUUUGGUGAAUCAAUACAUCACUUCUUUGUGCAGAAGAGGAACAUCAAGUCUAACAUUUGAAGGGUACGACCCCCAGUUGUACCAAAUUUUAACAUCGCAAGAGAAUAAGCAAGACAAUUACUCUCAAGAGACUUUAAGCGGAUCUGUAAUGACACAAGAACGCCCAAAACUCUUUCUCAAACUUGUUUUAUAA